AUGUCCUCUGUGGAGAACAGUCACUUAGAUUCACAUGUAAGGUGGAAGGAGUUCCGCCUCCCGGAUCUUCUCCGUCCUCAUCAUUCUCAAACUCUACUUCAAAAUAUAUCGCAUACUGUUUUUGGACGAAGCAACCGAAGAAUUCCUCUGUGGCCCCUAGUCUCAGGUAUCGAAAAACUCGGCGUGAAUCUAAAGCCACGACACGCAUUGCUGAAAUUUGCGUCAGAUGCCAAAAGAUGGUUGAAUAAAACCAAAAUGGAAGCACCUCGCCUAGACCUCCCUCUCCAGCACGUAGGCUUGGCAGCCAGCGAAAGACCGACCUGAAGGGAGAUAGCCAACGACAUAACUGUGCCGGGUCGCAGUGAAUCCAACUACCACCCUGGGGUGUGACUGAGUCUAUGAUUGAUUGAACCGGUGACACAGACGAUGGGUGUCGUCGCCUCUCCAGACAUUUGACGUUAGCAACAGAAGCCGUGCCUUCUUCUUCGAAAUACAGGCAAGAAGUGAAUGCACCUCGAAAUAUACCUAUUUCUCAAAGUACACUAGUGCAAAACAGAGAGAAGGUUGGCAGACAUAUGAGGGUAGUCUCAAGCUUCUCUUCGAAUCGACGUACGCUUAUAUAGGGUGUUCACGGUUAGGUAGGCUAUUGGUUAAAAUUGUGGCAAGUGACCGGAAGAGGGGAGGAUCAUUUGGCUGGGGGUGUCUAGCUUUCUUUAUCAGUAUGUGGGCGGGCGGUUAAUUGACUUCUGGCCAUGGCAACUGCAGAGCUUGCAUUAGUGCAUUGAAUGGGCUCGGUGGAGAACAGUGCUUGUAUCCUAGUUUGUAGGAAUAACUGGAUAUAAUUAGACUCGGACGCCUCCCUAUAGGCUCCGCUUGUCACUUUGGGACGACACAAUUCUAUAGUCUUCCGGUCUUCCAUGGACUGCGCAUGCUUACUGGUCGCUUGUACAGCCUAAACAAUGGAUGAUCUACAGCCUAAAACUUUCCCAUCGAUGCACCAUCUGAGAAUGGAUAAAAAAGCAAUGUACAAUUUUACCAACAAAUUUUAAAGGACUCUAAUCUGAAAGGUUUGCAAGCGCACUUUCUCGAAUAUUUGUAUGGAUAACAAGAGGACGCCACAGCCGUAAUUCCGAUUAAAAAUUAGUGUCCGUACUUGCAGACGGAAGCAGUUUUUACAGGCGGACAGCAGUCAGCAUUUUUCAUCUAAAGUUGAGCCAACUCCCAGUUGGUACCGAAGUUCACGAGUAUCUGCUUCAGAUGCAGACCUUUUUUCUAUCCGUGUCUGCGCUACAACAUAAUUAUGAUCUAGCUACCAGAAGUGCGCGUGGCCGACACGGUAAUGCGUACCGGCACACUUUUUGCCGAUCAUCGGUCUUCGAUAAAAAUCCGCCGGUUUACUACUUCAAUAGUAGGAUUUCAAACGAGCAGGUCUCCGUCAUCUACCUCUUCAUUCUUCUUCUUAUUCUUCCCUCUCUGCUUCUUCCUCUUUUUAUGCUUCUUUUUCCUCACCUUAUUCUAUGCUCUCUGUUUCUUCUUCUUCCUUUUGUGCUUCUUCUUCUUCUUCUUCUUCUUCUUUUUCUUCUUCUUCUUCUUCGUUUUUUUUCGUUCCUCUUCCUCCACAUCCCCGUCCUUUUCUUCCUUCUUAGUCCUCUUUAUCCUUCUCCUCCUCCUCCUCCUCCUCCUCCUCCUCCUCCUCCUCCGUUUCCUCCUACUCCUUCUUCUUCUUCUUCUUCUUCGUCUUACUCUUCUUCUUUUUCUUCUCAAAAGCACCAUAUUCAGAAAAGUUACCAAUUAAAGACAAAUACUACGCUUCAACAGCAAGUACUCUCUAUCUCACAAACGUAACUGUGUCCACGCUAUACUCCAAGUAG